AUGGAACAUGACCUUCUCCAGAAUGUCAUGGAAAGAGUGUGGUUGCUCCUUCCUUCUCAGGGUUGUUCCACCCAGUUUCUGCAUGAAGGAAUGAAGCUUCCUCCUCCCCUUUUCCCUCCCAGCCUGUUCCAUUUGCCUUGCGCUGGAAGUUCAGUGCCUGUUGGGGAGCUUGGGGGCUUUACCAAACCACCCAAAUGCUCGAGAAGAAGGAGCUGGAGGAAGGCGAGUCCUGGCGUACGGAGACGGUAUCAGCAGAACCACGCAGAUGGAACAGUGGCGAGAAUAGAGGGGGGACAACUACCGUGGUGUGAAGCAAAGAGGGGAGGGCAGGAGAGUGAGCAGCUGGCACCACACCGCAAUCCCCCGUCCCUUCCCGAGGACUCCCGCGGAGCAUCCCCGCCACACGCCCUCGCUCUCAGGCUGGAUGAGGCAGUGGUGAAGGUGGAGGGGAAGGAGCAGGCAGCUGUGGGACAAGGAGCGUGCUGCAGUCUGCAAUGCUACAAAGCAAUAGAAACGUGUCUUUUUAUGGCAGCUGGCAAGGUUCUCAUCAGCAAACCCUGGACUUGCUGUUUUCCAUGGCUAAUGGACACGGUUUGCCACAGGGUGAGAAAAUUAACCUCCUCCACCAAGGCUGCCAGAACAACUCCUGCCUUCCUGCGUUCACACGAAGACCAUCCAGAAUGACACGACAGUUUGCCUGACGGACACUCCUGACGG